AUGGCCAUCUCCCUUGCAAGCAGCUGUAGCCCAACGCGGCUGGGUUUCCCAAUGGACGAAAAGGGACCAAAGCAGAGCGUGUGGCAUCGAUUAGGACUACGACGGUGGCUGGGUCGUGAUGAUCGAGAUUCUCGGAACCACGAUGCCCUUUUCCCCCACAACCAUAACCGAGCGUCCUCCAUCGACAGUAACAAGCAAGACAACCUCACUCGUCGCCUGUCACGUCGCGUAGGGGUUGGUUUACCCCUAUCUGGCCCCUUUAAACGCCAAAACUCCCAGCAUCGUGAUCAACUCGCACCCCUGAACCUCGAACCCCAGCACCGUCGUGCUCAUUCGGCCGACCGUCGCCCGUUGAGUGCCCAAACAAGCCGGUCUCCACCGCCCGCCGUGGGCCCUCGACUUUCCGCGCCAGAGGUUCAGUGGCUCGGGCCGACAACCGCUACCACGGUCGACGAGCCCCUCGAUCGCGAAUUGGAUACGCCCCUGGAUCUGGAAGUAGACGUGGAGAACGAUGAGACCGAUUCCGAACCUGAUUGGGACCCUUCCCCCGACAUAAUUGCCCCUGAGGCUGAGAGCGCACAACCGCCAAACACACUCGAGAUGGAGCUGGAACGACGAUGGAUUUUGAACCUGAGCAUGCACUUCCGGGAUCGCUCGGAAAGGGAGAAGUUCUUCGUUACAUACGCCGAAACCCCGACCCGAUGGCGCCGAGUCACGAUUUCUUGCGAUUACCGCGGCGCAACCGAGGACUCACUUGAGCAGGAUUUGAAGGAAUUGCGAUAUCAGCGGGACAAAUGUGCGCGAAUUUACGAGUCGAUCCGCGAAUCCCUUCCCGAGAUCCAAUUUUACGAUACCGUCACCAAUUUGAAAGUUGAGACUCGCGAUGGCCGUUUGCACGUUCAUGUCACCGAGGACGUCAACGAAACGAUUCCUUAUCCUCCGGUCUCCAGUAUCGGGCACCUACGGGGUGCUCGGUGUGUACCAGAGAACCUUUUGCACUUUGAAUCCCAUCUCUCUGGAUUUGUUUAUAAAGUACGGCUGGGGGCCCACGCGUAUAUCAAGAAGGAGAUUCCGGGCCCUGAUACGGUUGAUGAGUUUUUAUACGAGAUCAAUGCGCUGCAUGCAUUGAAUCGCGCGCCCAAUGUGAUACAAGUGGAAGCGAUUGUGGUCGAUGAGCGACAGGAAGUGGUCAAGGGCCUGCUGAUCAACUAUGCGGCUCAGGGCGCGCUGGUCGAUAUUCUGUAUGAUCAGCGGGGAGAGCUUUCUUUUCCCAGACGGGAGCGAUGGGCCAAACAGAUUGUUCAAGGUCUCUGUGAGAUCCAUGAGUCAGGAUACGUCCAGGGAGAUUUCACGCUAUCGAACAUCGUGGUGGAUGGCGAAGACAAUGCGCAUAUUAUCGACAUUAAUCGCAGAGGAUGCCCCGUUGGAUGGGAGCCGCCAGAGAUUGCCGCGAAAAUUGAAAGCAACCAGCGUAUUUCCAUGUAUAUUGGGGUCAAGACAGAUCUGUAUCAGCUUGGAAUGACCUUGUGGGCCUUAGCGAUGGAGGAGGACGAGCCGGAACGACAGCCUCGUCCCCUGCUCUUAGGAAAUGAGGUGGAUGUGCCCGAUUACUAUCGCCGACUGGUUGAUAUCUGCCUCAGCCCUACUCCCCGACACCGAUUGUCCGCCAAAGACCUUCUUACCCUUUUCCCGACAGACCUUUUUUCACGAUCUAUGCCGGCAGGCCGGGCUCGAGAUAUCGCUGAUCAUGAUCUAAGGCCUCUCGUCACAAAAAGCCAUGGCGCAAACGCCUACCCUGUGGCUCUCCCCAUGACCGGCGCCUUUGACUCCCUACCUCCCUUUGAAAACGACUUUUCCAAAGCACACAACGGCAUGCCACAGCCGAUUUUCUCAAACCACCACGAUCAAGGCAAGGGAUCAACACCUACACUUGCAGGUUCCAAUGGGGGAGCAGCUUUCUUAUCUCGCCAUUCUUCGGCAUCCACAUUGAAUCAUCAUGAAAUUGAUGAUCUAGGACGAAGAUGGGAUAUGCCAGAGCCUAGCUACGAUAGAGCCGAACCCCAACCAGCUCAUCAUUCUGAUACCCACGCGUGGACCAAUAACGUCGGUCAAAAUUUCCAUUCCAACGUCUCAGAACGAGAAACGUCCCCCUCAGAUACAACUCCAUAUCAGCCAUCCCAGCCAUCUAUUGACCAAGAUUCGAUCAAUGGACAAGAUCACCCGCCCAACCCCGAACCCGCAUCCGCCUCCCCAAGAUCCGAUGAACAGACGUCAAUUCCAAUCCAAGACGAUGAACGGGUACAUCAGCCGAUUGAGCAGCCUGUCUCUGCUCCCACCCCAGCCGAACAUCUCGGCGCAAUGCCAUUCCUCUUCCAUUCAAUCCUCCCUAUCAAUCCAGCUCUACCAUUUUCACGACACCGGACAUGGCCUUCAGUGGCAAAAGAUACGCAACCUUCUUUACCAACUUAUCGUGAACCUAUACCAGACAAUUCGGCUCUCUUGGAACACCUUUAUCGAUCUCGACUGCCUAUCAAUCCUGCCUUAAAGGAUGAUAUCUACAAUAAUUCGAAACGCGAUCUUUUCGAGUCACAACUACCUAUAAACCCGGCUGUCCAGGAUGGUUCCGCUAGAUUUGUGGCCUCGUCUCCUGAAUCUAAGCCAUCUAUCAGCGCAAAAUCUAAGAAGGGCUUGAUUGAAAUCUCGCCGUUUGUCGAGUCACAACUACCUAUUACUCCGGCUGUUGAGAAUAGUUUUGCUAGGUCUGUGUCUGCGCCUCUUGAACCCAGGCCAUCUACCAGCGCAAUUAUCGAGGAGGCAAUACAACUUUCACCUCUUGUUGAGUCGCGACUACCUAUAAAUCCGGCUGUUGAGAAUGGCCCCGUUAUGGUGGUGUCUUCGCUCCGAGAGCGAUACCUCUCCACCAGCGCAACUGUCGUGAGCGAUUCUAUCAAAUCCUCUCCCCUUGUUGAGUCACGUCUUCCCAUAAAUCCAGCUGUUGAGAACGGUUCCGUGAGGGUUGUGUCCUCGCCUCUGAAGUCGAGACUCCCCACUCGCGAAAGUGUUAAGAAGGAAGCCAUUGGAUUCUCUUCGUCCCUUGUCGAAUCACGACUCCCUAUAAAUCCGGCUGUUGGAGAUGGAUCCAUGAAACUGGCCCUUUCUCUCCCUGAAUCUCAACCUCCGGCCAAGAAAACCGAACACGAGCCUGUUGGAUUGGUAUCUACCAUUCUCGAGUCACAGCUUCCGAUUAACCCGACUGUCGAAGACGGCUUCGUCAAAUGUGUUAUCUCACCUGUCAAAUCACAGCUCCCUGUCACCCAGGCCAUUGACAACAAUUCUGUCCGACUCAUUCCCUCCCUUGUCGAGUCCCGACUCCCUAUCAACCCAGCCUCUAGAGAAUGUCUCUAG